AUGAAUUAUUUAGCAUUCAGACGCUUCUCAACAACUUUUGCGAAAAAUCCUAAGGCUUUCUUCGAUGUCUCUAUUGGAGGCAACCCAGCUGGAAGACUUACCUUUGAAUUGUAUGGAAAAGAUGUGCCAAAGACUGCCAAUAACUUCUUGCAAUUCUGCAAAGGAUACAAAGCCUCUGGAAGUGAAAAGCUUUCUUACAAGUAUUCUAUCUUCCACAGAGUCAUCCCAAGAUUCAUGUGUCAAGGAGGUGAUAUCAUCAACGGAGAUGGAACUGGAAGUGUUUCCAUCUACGGAAACAAAUUCCCAGAUGAGAACUUCAAGUACAAACAUACUAAGCCAGGACUCUUAUCUAUGGCUAAUGCAGGACCAAACACCAAUGGAUCUCAGUUCUUCAUCACCACAGUAGAAACUCCAUGGCUUGACGGAAACCAUGUAGUCUUUGGAGAGGUCGUUGACGGAAUGAAGGUAUUGAAUGAGAUAGAAGCCCAAGGCUCAGGCGGCGGACAACCCAGACAAAAGAUUGAGAUCACUGAAUGUGGAGAAAUUGAGGAAGAAACAGCUGAUGAAUAAGAUGAAAAUUAAGAUAUUUUCAAUGU